UCCAAGAGAUGUUCCACCGAGUAAGAAUACGGGAAGAAGAUCAGGACUCUCAGCGUAUUCUGUGGCGAGAUUGUGAAAACCGGUGUCCCGAUGUGUACGUCAUGCAAGUCAUGACAUUUGGCGCGACUUGUUCGCCUGCAUGCGCACAAGUAGUAAAGAAUACCAACGCAGCUGCCCACGCCGAAACACACCCUCUGGCAGUAGACCCAAUAGUUCGGCAACAUUAUGUUGACGACUAUCUCGAUAGUUUUUUCACAAUGGAAGAUGCAAUUGAAACAGUGAGACAAGUAAUUGAGGUACACAAAGCUGCUGAUUUUCACAUAAGAAAUUUUACCUCAAACCGGGGGGAGUUACUGAAAACAAUUCCUCAAGAUCGUGUACAACAAAAAACAACUUCAGUACAAAUCGAAGAAAAGGGCCAAGACUACGAGAAGAUACUUGGUGUUCAUUGGAACUCAACGAUCGAUCAUUUUGGGUUUCAAGUCAAAAUGAACAAAGUAACAAAAGACAGGCCAACAAUGAGAGAAGUUCUUAGUUGUGUCAUGAGUGUUUACGAUCCGCUGGGCUUAAUAAGCCACGUAACAAUAGCUGGCAGAAUUUUAAUGAGAGAACUUCAUGUUAUAACGAAGGAUUGGGACUCCACCAUUCCAGAUGAAUUACAAGAGAAAUGGGAAGAAUGUCUACGCGUAGUAAAGAGUGCCGAAAACAUACGAAUCGAGGCAAUGCUUAAUUCCCGGCCCUUAACACACAUACCGCUGGAAAAUGAAGAAGACGAAAUACUCACACCAUUUCAUUUUCCUAUUGGACGAAAUGGCAGCCAUAUACCACCAGUAGUGAACGAAACCUCGGCAGCAAACAGGCAACAGUACAAACUCACACAGCAUUACUCAAAGAUAUUCUGGGACCGUUGGAAAAAAGAAUAUCUUCCAACACUAAUACGCCGAAAUAAGUGGACUAACCACGUAGAACCCAUAAAGGUGGGAGACAUAGUCGUGCUGUUUGAUGACAACGCACCUCCGGGAAAGUGGAUCAAAGGAAGAAUUAUGAAAGCGAAUAUGGCCCCGGAUGGGCAAGUACGAUCAGUGGAAGUAAAAGUGGGAGAAAACAUAUUAAAACGGCCAGCUGUCCGAGUUGCCGUAUUAAAUAUAGAGCAAAAAGAACAUUUGCUUCUCCACACAACAUCUCAGCAACACCAGGGCACACAUCGAAUCAGACCGCUUCAGCCUAACAACGACAACAAUGAAACGAAGCCUCCUCGCAAGAAGACAAAGAUCGCCCCAUGUCAUUGGGCAAAACAGUUGUUGGAAAAUAACCCACCAAGCACUUCGACCAACUAAGCAAGAAGCGUAAUCCCCACCUGUGAAUUACGUGGGGGAGAAUGUUGCGUGCGAAGUGCAUGCAGAAUAAAAAAUAAAAAAAUGAAAAGACACAAGAUCGGUGAAUUUCCACGAAACGCCAGCCGUACCCCCCACGAUGAACGUCGCUACCAGCACGCGCAGCACCGGUACCGUCUACACAAAGGAUUGCUCGAUGGAUUGAUCGAUGCGGAAUUUCUGGAAUCGCCGGUGCGAACAGAUGUCGCCGGGAGUGACAAUGGAAACCGGGAGCGCGAUGGGAGUUGGGGACAAACGGGAAUGGGAGUGGGAGGAAAGGCGUAGAAUUUUGGGUUAGUAUCGUGCAGAAAA